UACGGCUUGAAAGGGUAGUGGUCCGAUGGGGUAUAAGAAGCUAUCGGAAGGUUAAAUUUUUGUAGAUUAAUUCCAUUGAGACGUCAGUAAUAAUCCUUGGAAAUAGAAAGCUGACUGUAAAGACUUUUUAUGUAGUUUGCCAGAUUUUCACGUGGUUACAGGCUACUGACAGCUAGCGCUAUGUAACGUUGAGGAUAAUUAUUACUGAAUAGCUUAUAAUGAACGUGUGUGGAAAUGAUGCAUAAUGACAAUGUAUACCUACACAUUAAUAUUUUAAAUCAUUAAACUUUAAUCCAGUGUGGCCAAACGUUACCGUUAUGUAAUACUAUACCUUAUUGUUAUAUUAAAAGUGAAAAUAAAUGAUAAGCAUUGGGUGAAGAUUCCGUGCCCAGACCGCGCUCCGUCGGCCAUGGUUAAAGUCCCGCACUGCAGUGAGCGAUGCCAGUGAUGGGAAGGUCAUAUUAGCAAAGCGGGAGCUGGAUCGUACUGCGCAAAACCCCGUAGUCUGGACCGAGACCUGACGUCAGAGACAAAAUGCGGGAGUGGAGGAGGUCGACAUCCCCUCUAAUUCGGUCUACCGAUACCCACCGAAAUCCGGUAGUUACUUUGCCAGCCAUUUCAUCAUGGGAGGAGAAAAGUUUGACUCCACUCACCCAGAAGGGUACCUCUUCGGGGAAAACACAGACCUGAAUUUCCUUGGCAACAGACCAGUAGCGUUCCCGUACGCUGCCCCACCCCCCCAUGAGCCCGUGAAGACUCUCCGCAGCCUCAUCAACAUCCGCAAAGACACACUGAGAUUAGUCAGGUGCAGCGAGGACAUGAAGCUGCUCCGGGAUGAGGAGGGAAAGAGUCCCGCCAGCUACAACGUGGAGUUUACCUUCGACGCUGACGCUCAGGUCGCCAUCACCAUCUUCUACCAGGCCAUCGAGGAGUUCCACAACGGUGUUCCCAUGUACCUGCCCCAGGACAGCUCACUGCAAUCUGAGACGGUGCACUUUAAGAGGGGCGUUUGCCAGCAUUUCUGUCUGCCCUCCCAUUCUGUCAACCUCUCAGAGUGGAGCGACGAAGAGCUUGUCUUUGACAUGGACAGAGACGUCUACCCCAUGGUGGUGCAGGCCGUGGUAGAUGAAGGCGAAGAGCAUUUAGGCCACUCCCAUGUGCUGCUGGCCUCCUUCGAGAGGCACAUGGAUGGCAGCUAUUGUGUGAAACCCCUGAAGCAGAAACAAGUGGUUGAUGGAGUCAGUUACCUCCUACAGGAGAUUUAUGGCAUCGAGAACAAGUACAACAGCCAUGAAAACAAGGCAGCGGACGACGAGAUCAGCGACAACAGCGCAGAGUGUGUGGUGUGUCUCUCGGACGUGCGUGACACCCUCAUCCUGCCGUGCAGACACCUGUGCCUUUGCAACGCCUGCGCAGACACGCUGCGCUACCAGGCCAACUGCUGCCCCAUCUGUCGACUGCCAUUCCGAGCUCUGCUGCAGAUCCGAGCCAUGCGGAAGAAGCUGAGUCCGCUGUCGCCCACAGGAUUCAAUCCUGUCAUCACGUCCCAGACCUCUGACUCGGAGGAGCAUUCGGCCUCGGAGCGCAUACCCCCUGGGUACGAGGCCGUAUCCCUGCUGGAGGCCCUGAACGGCCCGCUGAGCCCCUCCACAUCGGCUCCCCCCCUGCCGAAUCUGACCCCGGGCCACGUCUCUGGGACCUUGCUGUCCUACGGCACUGAGACUCACCCCCCCACUGCGCGGUCCCUCUCCCCCCUUGAGCGAUACCUGGACCCCACUCCGGGUCUUAAGCUCAAGAAGAGCGGCUCUAAGUCCCUCUCCCAGAAUUCCUCUGUGCUGCCAGAAGAGGACGACGAGAAGUCAUGUAGCGAGUCGGAGGUGCAGGCGUGUCGGAGGAAGAUGGCGGUCGGUCAGCAAGAGUGUGGCGUAACACCAGACAGCGAGAACUUCACCCUGUCGUCCUCUGGAGCUAUUGACCGGUCGUCCUGCACUGGCACGCCCCUGUCCUCCACCAUCACCUCCCCUGAAGAUCCUGUUAGCAGCAGUCUGGCCCAGUCCGUGAUGUCGAUGGCGUCCUCACAGAGCCAGCACUCCCAGCUCAGCACCGACACCAUGUCCUCCAUAUCAGGCUCCUAUUUGCCCGGGGCUGAGGCGGAGGCCCUGGAGAACUCCAGUGAGAGCAGGGGGCCAUCUCAGCAGGAGGGCGAGGAAACACCCCUUGAUGUGAAGGAGCAAAAUUUUGCCGCCGCUCUUGCAGAAGAGCAGGACUCUGAGGGUAAUGAUGUCACAGAAGAAGACUGCUCACCCACCCAGGAUCCGGGUGGGCGAAGGAGAAGCGAGAUGCCUUGUCCAGAGUUUGACAAUAACAAUCAGGGCCGGUCUGACACCCCCUGCUUGACAGGGCUGGACAAUGAGCAGUGUCCUGAAAGCCGAUUCACUGGCCUACUGUACCUGGGAUUCAGCCAACAAGGACGACAAGCCCUGACUCAGCAUGUCUCCACGAGCAACAUUAACCUGGAGGAGAAAGGGUCCGACAGCUCGCCCUGUCAUGGACCCCUCGCUAUAUAACUCGCCCCGACUCUCAACCUCUGAGCCCCAGUCCUCCCCCUCCCCAAACCCACAGGCCAACCUUUUAGCAUUGAUGGACAGUGUCUACUUAGGUAGGAACCUGGGCCAAAUGUUCCAAAGGGGAAAAAAGUACAGUAUUCUCGCUAACUUUAAAAGGGUGUAAGAUUUAAAGUGUUUGUGUAAAAUAAAGGCAGGUUCUUUGAUCAGAGGUUGAUGAUAGAAGCACCCAAUGCCCUUGGCUUUUUUAAUGCUGUUGGUCCAUUUUCCACAUUAACAGUCCUGGAACAGUUGCCUUUUUUUUCUUUUCUACUCUGGAUUGACCUCAACCAGUCUGACCCCCCACCAAGACCACGACCCUGUGGGCCUCUGAUUUAGGGUACCGACAUGCAUCAGCCUUUGCCCUGGGAACUAAUGAGUUAAAUAUGAUGGCUUGACAGAUUGAUGUCCUCCACAGAGGGACAAGAGGAUGGUGGUCAUGGUCAUGCUUUUUGUCUUCAGUCAUUUCCUUAGGUAGACAUGGAAUUAUCUCCAUGAUAGUCCUUGCAUGGCUGCUCCUACCCAGCCCCCAAAGUGGGAGAGACAAUAGUCUAUUAACUUUUGGUCAGUGACAUCAUGGCUUGAAGGACUAUUCUUUGUGUGAUAAAGUUUAAUGUUCCCAGAACAUGUGGGGGACCCAAGGAAAUGCAUUUCAAUUAAGUCACUUAAUGUAUUACACUUUUCCGUUAAAUUGUUUUUCCUUGUCAGUUGCGUAUGUGAAGCAAUUAAAUAAUGUCCAUAUUAUAGAUCUCAAGGAUCUAACCUACACCGAGAAUUGCAUGCAUCUCCAACUCUACAACUGACCACGCCAUCUGAAUUUACUACAUAAGUUAUUUAUGUUUUUGAUACAUGAGAUGUAAUAUAAAAGGCUGGAAGACCCUGGAAAAAUGAAAGGUUGUUCAUGAAAAUGGGACACGUCAAGGUGUCGAAGUCCUAACUAGGGGUAAAAGAAAAUUUACUGCCCAGUUUCAUUUCCGCCAUUGACUUUUCAGCAUUCUGUUCAUGUGACUCUAUGGCCUCCUAGCUGGCUUUUAGAAGUUCAGUACACAAAAGAAACACUAAAGCAAUAAGAAGGCUCUGCAUCCUCUAUAGCUCUGUUGCUGUCGACUUGAGUACAGAACCCCCCCCCCCUCGCAACAAAGUGGGUUUUUGCAGUCUGAGGUGCUCUCCUGAACUUGCUAACUGGAAUGUCUCUCAUAAGAUCACGAGAGAUCCUGCACGUGGCUCUGUGUGUGUUUUUUUUUUUAUUAUUAUUAUUAUUUAUUUUUUUUAAGCACUGGUUUGAUGUGCAUCUCAUACCCAAGGAAACUGAAAGCAAUGCCAGAUCGUAACGUUAAUUCCAGUGAGAAUUCAGCUGCCCAUUGUGAACACGCUGUGUUGCUAUGGAUGUCGACCAUUCCUCUUUUCCUACCCAUGGCAGAAAAAUGAGAAGGGUUGACAUGAGAAAUGACUGGAGGGGAAUAGGUGCCUGCUUUCCACAGUUCUUGGACAACAUGCAUGGUGCUCUCUGUCUGUCUUCUCACAUAUGUAGACAUGGAGCCAAAGAGUCACUGAAUCAGCAUCGUUGACGUAUGGGAAUUGCACAGAAUGCCUGUUUUGUAUUUAUUGCUCCAAAAAUGUUACUUGUAGGAUAACGUGAGGUUCCUUCACAAGGUCUCCUUGUGCCAUUUAAAUGUCAAUGAAUCAGCUGUGUAAUAUGACGUCGUAAGAGCUCUGUGGACUGCCUGUACUGUUACAAUGAAGGUGACAAGUCUUCGCGGAUAUCUUUCUAUCCAACACCACAGAUAAGCUACUCCCCGACACCCAACAAAUACUUACUCUUAGUUAAAUUGCACCUUUCUUUUUUCCCCUCUGUCAUCCAAAAGAAAAUACCAGACAUUGACUGUUCUGAAGGUGCAGGUAGUUCACUCUUACAUGUUUGUGCUGAUUAUACAUGAAUGAAUUGUGCCCAUUUUCAUAAAUAUUUGUGAAGUUAUUAUUUGCUUUUUAGUUUUUAUGUUUUGUUAGCAUAACUUAUUGUUACUAUUGUCAUUGUGACGUUAUGUGUUUAGCUGUUGAACAUGUUUAUUAUACUGGAUGGUAAUAUGUACAAUGAAUAAAAAGCAGUGUACCUCUUUAAAGGAACGGUAAUGCAGUACUAAUACCAAGUGCAGUAUUCCUCAUUUGGCCAGAACCGUAGUGCAUGUGACCAGUGUGGUGAGCAUGGUAGUUCAGGCCAGUCCAGUGAGUAGGAUGUCUCCUAUCCAGGGCUGUCUUAUAGUUACACUAUACUAUAAUCCAACUACUCAUUCACAGCAGUUCGCCAUACCCUUCUCCAGUUAUGUCUUUAAACACAAUCCUAUAUGAACAAUUAAAGUGGAAUAAUUGUCUCUGUCAUGUUAUCUUUAGGGAAAUAGGAAAUUGGUUGAUUUUAUUCAAUUUCGAUACAAAAUAAACUUUUUAAACGCC